AUGGGUGCAGUAAAGCGUUUUCCUUACCCUAAGGAAGUUUGGUCUCCCGCUGGUGGUUGGUGGACUCGACCCGCCAAUUGGAAAAGUAAUACAGUUAUAGUUGCUGCUGGAAUGAGUGUGAUCAUCGCGGUAGUGUGGAAAAUUUCAGCGGAACGCGAGUGGUCGAAACAAUUCACGGAUGGAGAAUAUAAAGAGUUAAAAUUUGCAGAAAACGAAAAAGAAAAAUGA